AUGCUAGAUGCGCGCGCCGACGCCAUCGCUGUGCCGUCCUGGCGACGGCGGCUCGGCACCGGCCUCCUCUUCAUCCUGGCGACGGCGGUCCUGGUCGCCCUCGUGCCGUCCGACGGGCUCACGCACGACGCCACCGGCGGCAGACGCCUUUCGUCCUCGCCGCCUUUUGCCUCUUCGGCGCCGCGGCAUGUCCACCCUUGGGCACAAAGGCUGCACACGCACGCCGCCGAACCUCGCAGCACCGUCGCUCGUGAAGCCGCUGCCCGCGCAGCCGCUACCCCUGUCGAGGACGCGCCCCUCGUCGGCACAUGCAGCCAGCCGCGCAACAUCUUCAUCGACGCCGGCGUCAACUGGUGCAAUACGAUCCGCUUAUUCGAGGAUAUCGAAUACGGCAAGAACGCGACGUUCGCGACCGCGCUACCCGCGCCGUACGACGUCUACGGCCUCGAAGCCUCUCCGCUCAUUCAGCCCUUCGCAGAGCAAUAUUUCAGAUGGCUCAACGGGCUGCUUGACGACGAGCCAGAGACGUGUCUGCCGCGCUCGGGCUCGACUGCGCACCUCAAGAAGUACUCGAGCGUGUACGGCUGCCUCCACGCCGAUGCCAACAGGAUGCGCCAGUGCAUGUGGCAGAAGCUCACCAAGCAUCUCAACGCUCUCAGGCCUGACCCAAGGCUCAACUCGUCGACGCUCAUUGCGGAGCGACUUGACGGCGCGCGGCAGCAGUGCGGCCCGCCGCCGCAGAACCGCUUCACGUUCCUCCCGGCGGCAGCUGGCCACAGCGGCGACAACGCGUGGCUCGAAUUCUACGGCCCGCCGCAGCAGCUCGUGCGCGGCGGCAGCAUACCCAAGCAAUUCGCGCCGCCCUCCUUGAAGGACGGGAGGUACGACUUUCGCGUAAGGGUCGUCAACCUGCCUUUAUGGCUUGCGGCGUCCUUCACGACCUCUGACCACGUGGUGCUGAAGAUGGACGUGGAGGGCUCGGAGCAUGGCAUCCUUGAGGAAAUGGUGGUUCGCGGUAUCAUGGGCCUCAUCGACGUGCUCUCGCUCGAGUGCCACGGUUCUGGUGGUAACUGCGAGAACCUCCUAGCUCGCGUAAGGCAAGCGCAUCCGCGCAUCAGGCUGCUUAAGGAGGGGUGGGAUCACUCGGGUUAUGAUUCUCACUCAACGCUCAAUAGCGAUGAGCAGGCGGCGGUCGCAAAGGCGUGCGAGGCAUUCGAUCCAGCGCGCUUUACGCUGUCGCACCGCCCUACUGGACCGGCGACCACCCCUGGCCCUGCCGCGCUGCCCUAG